CUCACAGAGACGUCGCCACCGCUGCCCCUCGCCCCGGCAGCGCGGCGGCCCGGGCCGCGCACUUCUGCGUGCGGCUGUGUUGUGUCUCAGCGACCGGCCCUCCGCCUCGUCCCCGCCCGUGGAAGGAGGGGCCGCCCCGGCCGCCUGGCGGGAGAGCUGUAGCGGUGCCUUUCCUCUCCUCGGCCUUUCUCCGCCGCCACACGCGUGACGCGCGGCCUCGCUGGGGCCGCCUUUGUCAGGCUCCGGGCCCUCGGCUAGGCCCGCUCCUUCUCCUGGGAGCCAUGUCGGAGCAGACGGGCUUGGCCCUGCCGCAGACCAUGGACAGAAGCUGCUGGGUUUGCUUUGCUACCGAUGAGGAUGAUCGGACAGCAGAGUGGGUGAGACCUUGCAGGUGCAGGGGCUCUACGAAAUGGGUUCAUCAGACUUGUCUGCAGCGCUGGGUGGAUGAAAAGCAAAGAGGAAACAGUACUGCUAGAGUUGCUUGUCCUCAGUGCAAUGCAGAAUAUUUAAUAGUCUUUCCAAAGCUAGGUCCAGUUGUUUACGUUUUGGAUCUUGCAGAUCGACUGAUCUCAAAGGCAUGUCCAUUUGCUGCAGCUGGAAUAAUGGUGGGCUCUAUAUACUGGACAGCUGUUACAUACGGAGCUGUGACAGUGAUGCAGGUUGUGGGUCACAAAGAAGGUCUUGACGUCAUGGAGAGAGCUGAUCCUUUAUUUCUUUUGAUUGGACUUCCAACUAUCCCAGUCAUGCUAAUAUUGGGCAAGAUGAUUCGUUGGGAGGACUAUGUGCUCAGACUGUGGCGCAAAUACUCUAAUAAGCUACAAAUUUUGAACAGCAUAUUUCCAGGCAUUGGAUGUCCUGUUCCUCGUAUUCCAGCAGAGGCCAACCCCUUGGCAGAUCAUGUCUCUGCUACACGUAUUCUAUGCGGAGCUCUAGUUUUCCCUACUAUUGCCACAAUAGUUGGCAAGCUGAUGUUCAGCAGUGUUAACUCAAAUUUACAAAGGACAAUCUUGGGUGGAAUUGCCUUUGUUGCCAUAAAAGGAGCUUUUAAGGUUUACUUCAAACAGCAGCAAUAUUUGCGCCAAGCUCACCGCAAAAUUUUAAAUUAUCCUGAGCAAGAAGGAGCAUAAGGCUGUGAUCUCCAGAUGCCAUACAGUCUCACCUAACAGGUUUCCAUGUUGUAUUGGUUCCAUCAUUACUGCACAGUAGUGGAGAAUUGUGAUAAGUCGCUGCUCCUGUUUCUUUUUCUUAAAAUACAAUAAAGCGCUGUCUUGUGGCAGGGUAAAUCCUUUCAGCAAUCACUGAACCUAAGAAUGUGACUUGGCUUUCAUUAUUUUUGGGUAUUUCUGUUGAGCAACAGGGUUCUGAAUUAUUUUCUUUGAGCCAGUAUGCUGAAUGAGGAAAAAAAAGGCAUCAACUACAGAACAAGAACAUUUUUAAAUUGUGUAGUUAAUGUAGGCUAUAUCUAAAUGCCUUUUCUGUACAUGUUUUCAUACCCACUGCUAUCAUCCAGUUCAGCAUUUCACCCAGUGAAGGGAAUUUUUUUUAGAAAGGAGAUGUGAGUCAUUACCAACGAGAAGAAACUGGGACAUCAGUCAACAAUUUCCUUGGGUUUUGCUGGUAUUAAACAGGGAGUGUAAAAUACUCAAAUGACUGGUCAGAGAAAGCAGAAGAUAGAUCACUCUCUACAGGACUUGUGUCAGCUUUAGCCACCUGAGUACUAGGUGUUGGAAUCAGCAUGGCUUCCAGGUGACUAUUUUGUUACUGGUAAUAUUUUUUUGUCCUGUUCUAUCUUCUGCAGUGCCUGUUGUUAUUUUCCCAUGGCUCUCUUACUGUUUUGUAACUGGUGCUCAACAGCAUUUUUUUCCUCCACAGUAAAAUAAUUACAUGGGGGAAGUAAGUUUCUGUUGCUGAUUUUGUAGCUAAGUAUUGGAGCACUUGUUUAGUUUUCAUGUUCCUUUUAUGUAAAUACCUGUACAAGUACAAAGAGCAGUAGAAGUGUGAGGAAACAACACUGGUCACUAAAGCUACACUUAAACUGAGAGAUGAGGGCAUCCUUCUGAACUUCCAGACCUGGGUGCGUAAUGAGCUCCGUACCAGGACUGGGCUCCCUUCUGCCCAUACCAGCUCUAGUGGAAGGACUGGCAGGACGGGCCACGUUACACCUUGGGUGUCUAAUCUGAGCGUGGGAUGUAACCAGCAGGCUAAACGCUCUUAAGACAACUUGGCUCCAUUCUGUAAAGGACUGAAGGAUAAAUCUUAAAUGCGUAAUAAACUACGUUUAUUUAUACAGUAAGCUUUACUGUUGUAUGUUCAAAGGAGCCAGCUGAGGGAGACAUUAGCACUUCAGUUAUCUGAUGUAUUCAUAAACUUAAUUUCAACAGAAAUUAACUGUGGUGUUAAGUUAAAUUUUGACAAACAUAAUAUGGCCGUUUAAUACUCAUACCAGACCUAAACUAGAUUGAGUACUUGAAGUUUUUUCUUAACAACAGUUUGUUUGUUUUUCUCAGAGUUGUGGGGUUUUUGUUUUUUUCUUGUUCAUAUUAGUAUGUCAAAUGCAUGGAGAAAGGUUUAAAACAUCUUUUAGUGGAAUUACUCAUAAGUAAAUAUUUCUUUUCACCAGAAAAGUAAAUGCAGAAUGGACUUCAUAUUUGACUGCAAUAAUGUAUGUUUGAGAAAUUCAAAAUAUGGUACCUUUUCUAUAGUAUGUUUAUCUUAAUUACCGAGAUGUAAUAUUUUAGAACUGUACAAAAGUGUAUAUAAUGGCCAACUAGUAUUCAAAAACUAUACAGAUACGGAAAAUUAUACAUUCAAUCAAUAUCAAAUACUUUUGAGGUUCUUGCUGUAACUGAAGAAUUACUAUAAUCUUGUAAGUCUGCUGAUUAUAUUUGUCUUGGUGGGCUCACUUUUAUACAAAACUCUAAAUAGAGUAGCAACCUCUGAAUGUUGCUGCUUUCUGUAAGAUAGUCUUGAAACAAUAUAAUAUGUAUUUCUUACAGAAUUCCUCAUUUCAAGAAAACAGCUUUUCAGUGGUCUUCACUGUAUAUAUUUCCAAGCAAUUUAUUACUUGUUUUUAAAGUCUUAUGAAGAAUUGAAUGAUGAAACUAGUGGGUUUGAAACUGGUUCCAUUGGAAAGCUAAUUGUCUCCUCUGGAAGUUAAAGCUAUUGUAAAAAUAAAAUUAUAAAAAUAACUGUAUGGAUGAUAAAAUGAUUUCACCUGAUUGGCAGAAGGUCAUUACUCUGUAAAUCUUGUUUUUAAGUAUUGCAAAUUAUAGUUACAUUGAAUUAGGUUGAAUAAAUAUUUUUUACGCUC